AUGCUGGCCUCGGCUUGGUUGCUGCCUGCGGUGCUGCGGCCGCAUCACGGCAUGGAGCAGUGCGGAAAGGGGGGCUCCGCAGAUCAAAGCGUGGCAUUCAGCGUCUUGAACUUGCUGACAUCUUCCAAAAAGCUUAAAGCCAGACUGCGAAAUCUACAGCUGCUGAACAGUUUCUCCGCACGCCACUCUUCCGUUCAAAUCUUGGGUGGAACGCUUUCGCAGGAGGAGCGGAAAGUCUGGGACAUCAUCCAGAAGUCCUGCUUCAACUUCCGCCAGCUCGAGCCGGACGAGAUGGAUGUUUUUCUCCUGACUCUGCAGGAGACCCUGCCUGAGAGCGCAGUGAAGCAAGCAGGGAUGGCCAAAUCGAUGAGGCGACAAGUGAUGUUCAAUUCCACGAUUCUGAACUGCAGCCGCCUCCAGACGGAGGCCGCGGAGCUGGCAAAGAUCAGCCGUGACCUUCGACAUCGCGAGGAGCUGUGCGCGCCCGUUCUGUCCAGAAAGCUGAACUUGCCUCCGAACAUGAUUCUGAAAGACAUCCUGGCCGAAGAGGGCUUGAAGAAGACCCUACCCCGAUUGUACAAGCUGCUGGACACUGCACGGGACGAAACGCCGUUCACGGACUCUUGGGAGAAUGAGGCGCAAGCGAUUCUAGAGGAGGCCCUCUCGUCACCCCUGGACCCCUGGCUACUGCGCGAAGUGCUUUGGACUGUAGAAAACGACCUCGAUGCCAUGCAUCAUCGAGGGAAGAUAGCAGCAUCUGCAUUCGAGGAUACCUUGGUGCAGUUUUGCCAAGAUGCUGGCUUCUCCGUGCAAACUGAGCUGGAGCUCUUGAGGUCGCAGGCUCAAGAAGGCCUUAGCAUGAAGAUCACGCCGGACCUGCUCUUUGAGGCUCCAGUAUCUCUGCCCCAUCGGAAGGAGUCGGUCAGGUGGAUGGAAUGCAAGAACUUCUACGGAACGACCUUCAACUUCGUGAUGCACCGGAAGCUGGAGAAGCAGGCGAAACGCUAUGCCAAAGAACUGGGGCCUGGUGCGUUGGUGUUCCGGCAUGGCUAUUCUGCUGCCAUGAAGGAGCAGGUGGAAAAGAAGGUGCCCGGAGUCGUUGUGCUGGACGGAUCCCGUCUUCCCGACCUGCCGUCCGCGCUGGAAAUUGAUGAGCCUUCGACGUUUGCCGCCGGGCCAAAGGCGGAGUUUUGGAAGCUGGACCUUCCUGGGGGUUUCGGCCGCCGCAGUGGGAAGAAGAAGAAGAAGAAGACGCGGAAGCCGCCAACCAGGAAGACGCGGAAGCCGCGAACGGUGACAGCAGAAAAACAAUAUGCGCAGGGUUUAGAUCUUAGGAUUAAGACUUGUUGUUUCGCUUGUCUGGCCAUGAAGAAGUCUAAAACAGACUGCAUGGUGCAUCGCACAAUGGCUGUGUCAGAUCUCAGGUUUUAA